UACAGCAGCGCUCGCGCUCCCUCUCUGGACUUUUGCCCUUUUCACUUUCUCUGGAGAAGAUUAGCCGAACACCAGCUCGGCGCGGCUCCGGACAUGUUUUCCCCGAAGGGGUCGAAGAAGCGGUCCGGGUUCGGGUCCAGGGAGCAGAUUUGUAUGGUUGAAUGUGGCUGUAAGCCCGCGUGCGCCUGUGGCUCGACCUGCGGCUCGACCUGCGACCCGACGCUGUGCGCGUCGGAGCUGAAGAGGAAUGGCCCAGACGACAACCCAACAGCCUUUGACAACUUGGCUUACAACUACGGAAGCCAUAGUGAACUCGACCUAUCGGCCAAACCAAUCUCCAGAAUCAGUUUCAAACUUCUGGGACUCGCCUCUGACCAACAAGCUGUGGAAACCACUCUCGGCCAGCUUAACGGAGUCUUUGCCAUCAUCUGGUCUGUGUCAGAUGGUUUACUCCAGGUGGACUACAAUACCUCCAUCACCACAACCAAAGCGAUCGCGCGGCAACUUCAGACCUUGGGAUGUAGAGUUGAAGCGGCCGUACGGAUUAAAGUGGGCGGGAUGCGAUGCCAGUCUUGCGUGCAGGCCAUCGAGGGGCAGUUUGGAGGGCUAUCAGGGGUCUCGCACAUCCAGGUGUCUCUUCAGGAUGCAACAGCUCUAAUCGUAUAUCAGCCUGUCCUCGUUACACAGCACGAACUAAGAGAUAAAAUCGAAGAUAUGGGAUUCGAUGCCGCUUUGUUACCUGAGGAGUCGUCUGACGGAGAUCUAAGCUACUGGCAGAGUGACUAUAUCGAUGCACCCGUUCAGACUGUAACUGUCUGGAUUGGUGGGAUGACCUGCAGGUCAUGUGUGCAGUCCAUAGAGGGCAGGAUCUCUCAGAUGAUUGGAGUGAAGUCCAUAAUGGUGUCAUUAAAGGAAGGGAAGGGAACAAUAUGCUUGGACCCCAGUCUGACUGCUCCAGAGCAUGUUAGGGCAGCUGUAGAAGAAAUGGGCUUUGACGCUUCACUUGAAGAGCCUCUUGUGAAUCAGGAAAAACAAGACCUGUGCUCAACCAGCAGGCUGGGAAUGAGCAACGGCGCUGGAUCUCAGGUAACCCCUUCGACCUGCCACAUCAGCUCCCCCGAAACGAAAGCAGAGAAAUGCUUCAUUCGUGUGACGGGAAUGACCUGCGCCUCCUGCGUGGCCAACAUUGAGAGACACAUCCUCAAACACAAGGGAAUCAUUGCAAUCCUGGUGUCUCUGAUGGCCGGAAAGGCGGAGGUGAAGUAUGAUCCAAAUCUCAUUGAUCCAUCCAGAGUGACUCAGCUCAUAGAGGACUUAGGCUUUGGUGCUGAGCUAUUAGAAGACAACGCAGGGGCACACGGGAAGCUGGAUCUGCAGAUAACAGGAAUGACGUGCGCGUCAUGCGUGCACAAAAUCGAGUCCAAACUCAUCACGACCAAAGGCAUCCACUCAGCCUCAGCGGCGCUGGCCACCCAAAGAGCUCACGUCAAGUUUGACCCAGAAAUCCUCGGAGCUCGUGAUAUUGUCAGGAUAAUUCAGAGCCUUGGAUUUGAGGCCAGUCUGGAGAAAGCUGGAUUCAAAAACAACCUCGACCACUCAGAGGAAAUCCGACAAUGGAAGAACUCCUUCCUGCUCAGCCUGGUCUUUGGCCUGCCAGUCAUGGGCCUCAUGAUCUAUAUGAUGAUAAUGGACAUCCAACACAAACAGCACGGAGGCUCCAUGCCUGAGGAACAGAAUGUGCUGCCGGGUCUUUCCCUCCUCAACCUGGCCUUUUUCCUCCUCUGUACACCCGUGCAGAUUUUUGGAGGGCGAUACUUCUACGUCCAGGCAUAUCGCUCACUAAAACACCGCACGGCCAACAUGGACGUGCUGAUCGUGCUGGCCACCUCCGUCGCCUACGUCUACUCCUGUGUGGUCCUCGUUGUGGCCAUAGCAGAGCAAGCCGCCCAGAGUCCCGUCACCUUUUUCGACACUCCGCCCAUGCUCUUCGUGUUUAUCGCUCUCGGACGAUGGCUGGAGCACAUUGCGAAGAGCAAAACCUCAGAAGCUUUGGCCAAAUUGAUGUCACUCCAGGCCACCGAAGCCACAGUGGUCACGUUAGGACCCGAUCGCCGUGUUGUCAGCGAGGAGCAGAUAGAGGUGGAGCUGGUCCAGCGGGGCGACGUCGUCAAAGUCGUCCCUGGAGGAAAGUUUCCCAUUGAUGGAAAAGUGAUUGAGGGAAGUUCUAUGGCGGACGAGUCCUUAAUUACAGGCGAGCCGAUGCCCGUCAGUAAAAAGGUGGGCAGCUUGGUGAUUGCGGGCUCCAUUAACGCUCACGGUGCCCUCCUGGUGGAAGCCACGCACGUCGGCGCUGAAACCACUCUGUCUCAGAUAGUUAAACUCGUUGAAGAGGCACAAACAUCAAAGGCUCCGAUUCAACAGUUUGCGGACAAAAUCAGCGGCUACUUUGUGCCCUUCAUUAUUUUUACGUCCCUGCUGACGCUGGUGGCUUGGAUUUCUGUUGGGUUUGUCAACUUUGACGUAGUGAAGGAGCACUUUCCGGGCUACAACCAGAACAUCUCCAAAGCGGAGGUUAUCGUCCGCUUCGCCUUCCAGGCGUCCAUCACGGUUUUGUCCAUCGCCUGCCCUUGCUCUCUGGGGUUGGCGACCCCGACAGCUGUAAUGGUGGGAACAGGAGUCGGGGCUCAAAACGGAAUCCUCAUCAAAGGAGGGGAGCCGCUGGAGAUGGCGCACAAGAUCGAUGUGGUGAUGUUCGAUAAAACCGGCACGAUAACAAACGGGGUACCGAAGGUGACCCGCGUGCUGGUGUUGUGGGAAAUGGCCCGCAUGCCCCUGAGGAAGAUCCUGGCGCUGGUCGGCACCGCAGAGGUCAGCAGCGAGCAUCCCCUGGGCGCGGCAGUGGCGAAAUACUGCAAAGACGAGCUGGGCUCGGACGCUCUGGGACGCUGCCAGGACUUCCAGGCGGUUCCCGGCUGCGGGAUCAGCUGCCGAGUGUCCGACGUGGAGCAUCUGCUGCAGCGGAGCGACGAGGUUUUCUUCCUGCCGGGAGUCACCACAGACGAAAGCAGGCUUUUGGCUGCCGAGGAGCCCACCCCCACAGCUGAGGGGGCAUCGUACUCUGUCCUGAUCGGGAACAGAGAGUGGAUGAGGAGAAAUGGCCACCACAUCAAAGCGGAUGUCGAUGCCGCCAUGUCGAGCCACGAAACCAAAGGACAGACCGCCAUAUUGGUGGCUAUAGAUGGUGUUCUGUGUGCCAUGUUGGCCAUCGCAGACACGGUGAAAGCGGAGUCAGCGCUAGCGGUGCACACCCUGAGCAGCAUGGGCAUCGAGGUGGCCAUGAUAACCGGCGACAACAGGCGUACGGCCAAAGCCAUAGCUGCACAGGUGGGGAUCAGGAAAGUGUUUGCAGAGGUGCUGCCAUCGCAUAAGGUGGCCAAAGUUCAGGAGCUGCAGGACCGAGGGCAUCGUGUGGCCAUGGUGGGGGACGGCGUCAACGACUCGCCCGCCUUGGCCUGCGCUGAUGUCGGCAUCGCCAUCGGCACCGGCACGGAUGUGGCCAUCGAAGCGGCCGACAUCGUCCUGAUCAGGAACGACCUGCUGGACGUGGUGGCCAGCAUCGAGCUGUCCAAGAGGACAGUGCGCAGGAUCAGGAUCAACUUUGUUUUCGCUCUGAUCUACAACCUGCUCGGGAUUCCAGUGGCUGCAGGUGUGUUUAUGUCCAUUGGGCUUGUCCUGCAGCCGUGGAUGGGAUCGGCUGCCAUGGCCGCCUCUUCUCUGUCAGUGGUUCUGUCCUCUCUGCUCCUGAGGACGUAUAGAAAGACAUCGUCUGAGCUGUACGAGUCCCGCGCCAGAGGCCACAUGGGGAGCCUUCGGUCAUCUCAGAUUAUCACACGUCUGGGCCUGGACGGGCAGCGCCGCAGCCCUGCCCUCUCCCACGCUUCCCGAGCAGACGGGCCCAUGAGCGUCUGAGCUGCUCUCUACCGGAUCACCGGACGGCAGAUGAUUCUGACAUUUAAAAAAAAAGAAAAAUUAAAUAAGGGAAAUAAAAUCUUAGUUCUUGUGUUUACAA